GGACCUGUUAGGUGAUUAAAAGUAUACCCGAGUGUUCACUAUAUAGCUUGUAGUCGAGAGAAAGAAAACAUUUGUUAAUGAGGUGGGGCGACUUCCUCAUAGGAUCGAAUCCUUAAUUUGGUGUUGUUUUGGGAUGUAAGAACCCCGGAAACCCUGCUUCAGAUCCGAAAAAGCGCUCAGUUUCGUUUUCGAUCCUCACUGAAUCUCCCAGGAGAGGGCGUCUGCGUUGAGCGUGCUGGUUUUUGUUUGGAUCUGUGGUGUACGCGAUUGGGACAUUUUUUAACAUCCUUUACUUUCAUUUCUAGCAAACACAGUUUACCAAAAUUGGCACUGCAAUGUCAUCUCAACGUCUGGUGAGGAAAGCGUCGCACGCGGGUAGUUGGUACACCGACUCGGCACGGGAAUUAAGGUAUCAACUUGAAAACUGGCUUUCGGCUGUGGGGCCACCAACAUUUGGGCCGGCCAGGGCGAUCAUAGCGCCGCAUGCUGGCUAUCAGUACUGUGGUGCCUGUGCCGCAUACGCCUACAAGCAAGUCGACCCUUCUUCUGUGCGACGUGUCUUCAUCCUGGGGCCCUCCCACCAUGCCCGUCUUGGAGGGUGUGGUCUUUCCCCAGCCAAAUCCUACAGGACACCCUUAUACGAUCUCACCAUAAAUCAGGAAGUUUAUGAAGAACUUUACGAGACGGGUGCAUUUGAAGAGGUAUCAAUUCAUGUUGACGAGAAUGAGCACAGUCUAGAAAUGCACCUGCCUUACAUUGCGAAGGUCAUGGAAAACCAGGAGUUCACCAUUGUGCCCAUCAUUGUGGGAUCGCUGAGCCCUGAGAACGAGGCUUUCUACGGCCGACUGCUCAGCAAGUACCUCGCUGAUGCCGACAACCUUUUUGUCAUAUCCUCAGACUUCUGCCACUGGGGGGCUAGGUUUCACUAUCAGUUCUACGACAAAUCCUGGGGCAACAUCCACCAGUCCAUUGAAAAGCUGGACAAACAGGGGAUGAGCAUAAUUGAGGAGCUUUCUCCGACUGCGUUCACCGCGUACCUCAAGAAGUAUGGAAACACCAUCUGCGGCCGCCAUCCCAUUGGGGUCCUGCUUAAUGCUGUGGACACACUCCAGAAUGCUGGAAACGGCCACAGGAUGGCGCUCAAGUUCCUGAAGUAUGCCCAGUCCAGUCAGUGUAUGAGCAUGAGCGACUCUUCUGUCAGCUAUGCCUCAGCCGCUCUUCGCCUCGAGUGAUACUGAAUGCCAAAGCAUUUUUUUAUUUUCUUUAUGCACAUGCUUGUACUCACCAGUUUGUUUUUGUUGCUUUCCAGUAGACGUAAUUUCUUUCAUUGAAUGAUGCGUUUCUGAUGUGUGGAAUCACGAUGUGUAAUGAGCACUGUGUGUGUAACCUUAUUGACGUUUUUAUAUCUGAGCAAUCAGAACAUUUUUGCAAAAGAGCUGUAAGAAGUGAUUUGAACAUGUCACAUCCAGCUCGCCACAGUGAAACCUUUCUUGAAUGAACGCUUUGCUUAUGCGAGUUGUUUUAUCACACUUCAAACAACUGUGAGCAAAAGAAGUAAUAGCCAUUUUCAUUGCUGCUGAUGGUAAUGAUGCGACAGUGCUGACAGGCAGUGAUUGUCAGUGCCUCACUGGUUCAGCGACUUGAAAUUAAAAAAAAAAAAUUACGAUUAACUCUUGAGAGUGACUGGACAUCAGCCAUGCUGAACCACCUCCUGUUACGAAACCUGUGAUACUAUUUCUGACUCCAGCCAUCAUUUUGUGCUUGGAAAUUUGUGUGCACUGAACCUAUUUUAUGGUGAAUUAAUUCAGAAUGGGUUUGCUGUUGAUUAAAGCUUAGCUUUCAACUCAUGCACUUGCAGCAUUAUAUAAGUGGCAGCUUUAACGUGAUGGUUUACUUUGAUGACUGCAGUAAGUCGCUCAAGCUGAUGUUGCACACCUCAUGUAACAUUCAGUCUGCUGAAUGUGCGGCAGUAACUGCUUUUUCGAUCUCUUAAAGUUCAUUCAAGCAAAGUUUUGCUGUGCAGUCGCAUUUUUAAACAGGGGAUGUGGCACAGCUGAAAGCUGCAAGCUUGAUCUUUGUGGUUUGCUUACAACCACAACUAUAGGCUGAAGGUUAUGUGUUUAACUGGUAGGUUAGUAUAGGAGUGAGUCUGUGCGUGACUUAUCAAAGAUGAGUCUGUGUGUGACUUGUCAAAAGUGUGCUAGUACUGGAAUCAGUUUUGCAGCAGGCAAAAGCGAUCACCAUUCUCACUGUAAGAUGUGUAAGCCUAUAUAGGCUUGUGGGCACUAGUGUGAAAACAAGAAGCUAGUGAUUAUGUAGAAUCACCUGCUAUAGCAGCUUGGUGUGGCUAUGGCAUUAAGCUAUACAGUGCAAGAUUGCAGGCUUAUUUACCAGCCGCAUUCUGAUGGGGGGCAGAAUGCAAAAACAUUUGUGCACUGAGGUUUCUUUUGCGGUCCUUGGCAGUCAAAGCCUUGGCAGUCGAAAUUAAUCUGGAACUCUCCACUAUGGCAGCCUUGCAGUGUAUGUGUAGCUCUGGGAUGUAAAACCCUAUCUGUUAUUACUAUGCCUGCUAUAUUUAUAUGAUGCGGGCUGAGGCUUUUAUUUUUAUUAAUUUACUGACCUCACAAUGAACAAUGUGUUAUUAAAGUUCACAUUGGAACCAAAACAGACAAGCUUGUUUUGUUUCUCAUAUCAAGUGAUAACCAUCAAAUGGGCCAAUCUUUAUAUUUACAGUUGAACCAUGCUAUAUGACAUGGAUGUAAUAAAGUAAAUAUAGAAUUUUUCUUGCUGUUUUCAGCAUGUAACAAAUGCAGUCAACGUCCGAUAUUUAGGACUCCCUAGGGGCUACGAAAACGUCCGAAGUAUCGGGCAGUCCGAAAAAAUGAAUUCAUGCCUUUUACUGCCCCAAGGGCUCAAAUCGCCACAGGCACGUCCGAAAUACCUCUAAAGACCUGCCAGAACUCUUCUUAGGUGUAUCGGUGCUCGUACUCUGAUAGGAAACGGUGGGUGCAUGUGUGUAUAAUUAAGGAACACAUACCGUGUCCCGUGGCAAUUGCCCCUUCCCAAUCUUGGCAUGUUUCACCGCAAUACUGGAUGUAUGCUUCAUCGUGUAACACUGCUGUAUUGAGGCGAAGCUGACUUUCGGGAACGAGCAUUGUGCAACGCGCUGUGCUUUCAGAGCUUCGAAGCCAUUGGCGAGGAUUACAAAGGCGGAGUCGGCGUCAUUGUUAACAGUGGCGAAUUGCUUCAAUGAAAAGCACGGCACCGAACAGCAAGAAACUUGGUAGCGAACGUCGAAGUAGCUAGGCCUAGCUUUGCUGCGGUCGUGGCUUCAGCUGCCAGCGGUUCUGCUUGCGAGAGGACCAGUUCGAGGAGGCGAGCUAAUCAAAAUGGUGGCGGUGGUGGCUUCGAUUAAUGCCGUUUCGGACCUGCGGUUAUGACAAAAAGUCCGGAAAAUCGGACGGCGAAAGUUAUUUGCAUCCAAAAUUUUAGACGUUCUUAUAUAUUGACUCUAUGGGGUACGUGGCGGCGCCACGAACGCGUCUGAAUUAUCGAGCAUGUCCGAAAAUUCAGGCAACCAGAAAAACGGUCGUUGACUGUAUAUGCUUAUAAAAAAUAUUGGAAAUAUUGCACAGUCAAACCUCGUUAUAACAAACCCACUUCUGAUGCAAAAAUAACUUUGUUAUAAACCCAAUAUUUGUUGUUACCAUGUGUUAGUUACAUGCUGAUGUUGGUAAGAAACUUUGUUAUAUUUUGUAAUUUGGUAUAUCCAUGCUCAUUAUAUCGAGGUUUGUCUAAUUUUUAUAUCAGUUACUUUCUUAAGGGAUUGCUAUUAGACAUUUUCAGCAGUAGUGUUUUUUGUUCUCUCUGCUCACACUCGCCUGCUCAUCUGCACAGGAGCAGCAGUGAGGGAAUUUGUAUUAUUAGAGCACUAGGAGAGUAUGGCAGGCAUGCAAUCUAGUGCAGCAGUUGCUUCAGGGAGCACAAAUGUGACGUCGAGAAGGCAACAUCUGCCACUCACUCGUAAAAACGACUGACCAUUUACUACUAAUUUUACGCCGAAGUAAAUUGUUAGCUUUGUUAUGUGAAGUCGGUGUAUUGUUUCAUCAUGUCAAAACCUGGCUUUUAGAUCAUUUUCAUGUCCUCCAAAUGAUUGCAGCAGUUAACAGUAGUCAAGUUGCAGUAAACAGCAAAUUUGUGUACGUAACUUAAUUUUGCCGGAUUUUUCCAAUAGUGCGAAGAAGAAAGCAUAGAUGUUAAGCUGUGGUUAAACUGAAUCCUCUGCUUGCUUAACAUGGCUUCGUUUCACUCCAGUGGGCAGGGUAUUGCUGCAUGAGACCUCUUUACUGAAGGCACUUGUUUGUUUGACGGGAUGUUUGAUGUGCCACGUUCUAGUCAGCAAUGUGAAGGAAUACUUGUUCCUAUUCAUUCCUUUUAGCCAAUACUAAUGAGCUUGUACAGGGGCUUUGAGCCUGUGAUUCACUUCUUUUUAUGAAAAAGUGGUACAUAAGUGACUGUGCAAUAAAUCAAGACAUUAUUUCUCUAAUUAUGAGGACUCUCUAGGAAAGUACAGAGAAGUAUUGCACUAUUUUGACUUUCUCUCAGUUGUUUUUAUAAGUGAGUGGCAGAUGUUGCCUUCUCGACAUCACAUUUGUGCUUCCUGAAGCAACUGCUGCACUAGAUUGCAUGCCUGCCAUACUCUCCUAGUGCUCAGAUAAAAUAAAUUCCCCCACUGCUGCUCCUGUGCAGUUGAGCAGGCGAGUGUGAGCAGAGAGAACAAAAAACACUACUGCUGAAAAUGUCUAAUAGCACUCCCUUAAGAAAGUAACUGAUAUGAAAAUCGGCCAUGCACGUUGAACAAUGCACGAGUGAUAUAUAAUGACUGAAUGGUCAGCAUGUUGUGCUUGUGCAAUAAAUUGAAUGUAUGUUUUGUUGCCUCUAUUUUAAAGAAACAAUUGUUAGUUAGCACAAAAAAGAAGGAAAGAAAACAGCGCCUUUCUCACCUAUGUAGGAUUCCUUUGUGGUUGUCUGUUUUGUCCUUAUUUACUGUCAUGUACUGUAUGUCUUCUUUUGAACAUAUCUAUUUGAGUCUAUUCUGUCUAAUUUAGCUAAGUUAAAGGAGUACUGACUUGUUUUGUUGUUUUUUCUUGCAAUAAAUGAAGGUCCGAAUACUCUGAAUUUUCGAAAACAUACUGGCAAGCGCUAGAGUGCUCUAGACAGUUUGCUAUAAUACUUGUUUCAACCAGCAAGUUUUGCUUUCAGUAACCUAAGAGGUGAAUGCUUGAUGACGUCGCAACACAGUGGUUCGCUCAGUUCCUGUGAUCUCUGUGGCUGCCACAUGCGAACACAGCCAGAAUAAACACGUGCAACACUCUUGUUGAUUUAUACUUAUGAGCAACGUCGUUAUAGACAGUGUUGUUGCUGCACAACAUCAGCACUUCAUGUCACGAUGAUAUGAUGAUGAAGUACCUUCUGAAGUGUCGUUUUAUAUGUGAGAAGCAUGCAGUGCAGUUUCUGUAAGUUCAAAAAUAUGUGAAUAUCCUUUGUUAUUCGAAUAGUACAGUGACUGGCAUGUUCUACCUCUCAACUCAUUUGUUUUUAAAGUCCUUGAAUUUGAGGGCAGCUUAGCUUGUUAAAUCACUGAACUAAACAUCAGUUUUACAAUUAAAAUAAGCUUGAAUUUCUGUUUUGCGUGCGUGUGAAGUGUGCUGUCAUUUUCAUAAGCGUAGUUAUUCACUCAGGCUGUAUGAUGCAAAGAAUGUAGGGUAAUAAAGGAGUGGUGCAGAAUUUUC